GAGAGAGAGAGAGAGAGAGAGAGAGAGAGAGAGAGAGCGAGCGAGAGCGAGCAACCUGACUGACUGACUGUCUGACUGACAAGGGGGGAAGGGGAGGGCUCGUUGAGCGAUAAACUAAACGGAGCAGCACAUCAUCAAAAGCCUAACGUGUGCACCACCAGCUGAGGCCGAAGGGACACACAAAGAGGGGGAGAGAGGAAGAAGAGGUAACACGCGAGAAGGGGAGGAAGGGUCGUGGUAAAAACAAGAGCGGUGUUUUCGGGGUUCAGAGAGGGAUAAACAACGGGAGGAAACACGCACGCGGACGCUGAGGGGAGCCCCAACAAGGUGAGGAUGCACCUUUUCUGCACGUGCACUGGCUCAACUCUGGUUAGCAUGUUACCCAUUUACGCCUCUUUAUGACAGAGGAAAGAUAUCUUCAGGGACACUGUCAGGUGGUUUUAAAUGAGAAAAUUGCUAACCGUAGAAACAGUGAACCUUAGUCUGAAAGCGGUGCCAAUGAAAGACAAUUUGCAUUUUGAUGCUGUCUUUAAAUGGAGGCUUGAUACGUAAAUUAGGUGUGUGUCACUUAGGCUUUAAUUUACUUCCAACUCGUGCAGGAAAUUAAAGGAUGAGGUCACACACCUUCAUACACCAGAUAAGCUCAUAUUAGAAGAAUCAAAAUUACUAUUUUUAAUAGACACGUUGAAAGGGAAGAGCUUUUGAAAAAGACAUUGUUGACAGCUAUAACCUAAUGAGUCUCAGCUGCAGGGCAGGACAGGGGGGGGUUCUGUUUUGCUUCUCUAUAGGUAGGAGAAGCAGGAGAGCUACAGAGCAGGUCACUGCUGAUGUUUAGAUGAGGGUUCAGUAAAGAAGACCUCAAGAAAACUGUGAAAAACGGCUUUAAACCCAUUGUUGUUUGAAAUGUUGCACACAAAUGUCUGGACUCCAGUCUCCCAACACUAUAAGUGUUUCUUUUUCUUGCAGCUGUGUCUCCGAGUGGGCGUGUUGAAGGUGUUCAGAAGUGAUGUGCUUCUUAUAAGCCUCUUAAAAGCUGUCUGGCUGCAUGCUGACCUCAUCUGCACUACAAAUUUUUCAUAAAAUUUUAUUUCCUGCUUUUGUCCUGGGAAAAUUAAGAAUUCAACUUGAUCUUAAAGUAGCUGCAAAGCAGUGAAGCGGAACUAUUAUAUUUAGAUUUUGUUUUGAUGGGGUCUCCUAUUUAAGAGCAGCUUUACAGAAAAUACUUAGUCCUGUCUAUUAUUUGAGGUCACUGUACUUUAUCUCCCCACAAAGAAGCUUUUUCAUGUCUUUUUCAAUGCAGAGAAACUUGGGAAUACCCAUAAAUUACUUGUUUUAGCAACUCAAAUAAGAUUGUUAUUGUUUUUCUCCUGAUCAAAUACCUUUCAAACUUAAUUUCUAUGAGUUCUGGAUUUUUGGGUAUAGCAGCCAUUGCUCCUAAAGUCAUCUGAUUGUAUUUUGUUCAAUUUUUUUUUUUGCAUUUCAUAGACUAAAGGACCAUAUGAUGGAUGCUGACCACUAAUGCCUCAGCUUUUUUCAUUGGUAGAGAAUAGAGAUGAUACAAUUAUUAAAAUGAGGAUCACAGUAUAAAGCCUUCUGUUGAGUUGUAAUAGAUUACCUUAAUACCCUUGCAAAAUGUACAGCAUGGACAUUUUUUUCAAACAAAUAUUGGCAUGUAAUCUGUAAUACCCAAACAUGUCAGAGUACCCAUGUGGGGGUGUCAUAGGUGCUGGAUGGAGUAUACACACUCUCUCACACACACACACAUUCACACAGAGGCACAUUCACAGAGUGGUGGGCAGAUGGCGUCAGCAGUGUGCUGCGACCUCGCCCCUCUCCAUCUCCCUCUCGGGGCCCGUCCAACAGCAAAUGAGUCUGGCAAACAGGUGGUGUUUAUGUGCGUUUGUGUGUGUCUGUGUGAGUACAGAGGACAGUAACAUGAGGGUAAGAUUUGAGAACACAAUGUCAGUCUAAUGAUGUCCUACACUGACUCUACAACAGAUUGUUUUAUGAAUGAAACGGAAAAUAGUCGAGUUUCAUGUGUACUGAUAAUGAUAUACAAUCCAAUAUUACAGUUUUUAGUAUUGGUGUUAGUCUUUGAUACAAUUUAAACUGCAAAUUAGAAUUAAAACUUCAUUAACUUUUUUUCCUGUCUAAUUGAAAUAUUUUCUUUUUAUCACACCAGGGAACUUGGCAUAAGUACAAGUACAAAAAGAUGGACAAGUCAUCCAUUAACCGCCUUCAGCUCAUUCAAAACACUGCUGCUUGACUCCUCCUAGUGACCCUUCACUGGCUCCCAGUCCGCUUCCACAUUGAUUUAAAAUUCUUUUAAUCGUUCUCAAUGGUCUUGCCCCUCCUUAUCUGUCCGAGCUCCUGUAUCACCACUCCCCUGCCAGAAUCAUAAGGUCCUCUGGCCAGCUACUGUUGAGUGCACUGAAAACCAGACUCAAGUCUAGAGGUGACAGGGCCUUUUCAGCGGUUGCCCCUAGACUGUGGAACAGUUUACCUGGCCAUAUUAGAGCCUCUCAGACCUUAGGGUCUUUUAAAUCAUCUUUAAAGACCCAACUUUCUCCCUUGCUUUUAAUAAAUAAGUACACAGGAAUCAGAGGCACUGUAGCUUUUAUUCUUUUACUGUCUGUAUUUUAUUCUACUGUUUUUAAUUUUAUUUUUUAUGUUAUCUAUCUAUUUAUUUACUUCUUUUAUCUAUCCCACGUACAGCACUUUGUUUGACUGCUGUUUUUUAAGGUGCUUUAGAAAAAAAAACAUUGACUUGACUGACAAAAAGAUGGACACCAUGACAGCUUCUUAAAAGUGGAGCUAAACAUUUAGAGCCCCCUCGCAACUAACCGCUUUGCAGGCCACCUCCUUCAUGUUAACCAAUUGGAUCGUUCUUAUAAGGUGGUUUAUGCUGAAGUGUUUAUUAUUUAAAAAUUGUCUCUUUUAAUGCCAGAAAAAUGUGUGUUACAUCAUGUUUGACAGCUCUGUUAUGGAACACAGAUCCUGCAGUGCUCUGUGCAAAGGAUUAGCAGAGAUGAGAAGACAUGCCCAGAAGAGACACAACUAACACUAGUACAAGAGUCAUUGAACUUCCCAAAACCUGAAGGGUCUACUUCAGACUAACUCAAGAAAUUGUCAUACAUAAAACUGUAAUGGCCUGAGAAAUCGUUGCUGUUUUUAAAUUGGUUAAAUGUGUAUCAUGGGUAACCACAGCUCCUCUAGCUUAUCCUUACUGCACAGACUUUAGUUCCAAAAAAUAGAGAAUUUUACCAUCAGUCAUUAGAAUUGGCGCUUCAUGGCAUGGCCAAAAUGUGGUCACGAUCCUCCACAGAGCAGCAAGAAAAGAGCCUUGAGAUUUAUAAAACCUUAUUCAGCAUUAUGAGAUACAUUACAGCACUAGAGAGCUUUCAGGAGGUGUAGCAGUAAAUAAGAUCAAGAGAUUAGCAGGCACUCACAGUGUUACAUCUACUAGACCAGCUCCCAGAACCUUCAUGUCUUUGAAAGUAGUAAAAAUGAUUAAAAGGUAGAUCAACAGUUUUAUUCCAUUUAAAUAACAUUAAGGCCUAAAUGUUGACUUGUAAAAUUAAAGCAGACUGAUCAGUAUUCAGGCUCACACUGUGAGUAGAAAUAAGAGCCAAAUGUUUGAAGCUACUUUCUGCCAGCAGUGUCAUGACUCAAGAACAAGAUUUUUUUUCGUAGGGAGUUAGUUUUUUAGUCUAUGAAUUAAUCAAAUGUAUGAAAAUUAUGGAGCAAACUUGAAGCCCAGGUUGUUAUUUAUCUUGUUUUUGUCUGCACUCUGUAGCACGAUGAUCUAAAUGCAUACAUCAGCGUGAUGACUGUGGUAGUGCUGAGGUUCAUUUGUUUAUCAGGGAAAUAAUUCACAAUUUUAACCAACUUGGUUUUAAAAUAGGUGAACAAAACCUUGAACAUAGGUGUUUUGUUUUAGUACCAGAUUCACUCUAAAUGCAUUAAAUUAUUUUUAUGCUUAAUUCAUUUACAUUAUGCCAGUUUAUGCUCCACAUGCUCAGAAUAUAUGGGAGCUAAUAUUGUGUUCACAAAGGACUAGUUGACUAAUCCACUAAACACUGUUACCCUUACAAGUUGGCACCAGACUUACUCAUCUGGUUAAACAAGUAAAUGAUGUUUUACUGAUUAUUGUAGCUCAUAUAUCAGGGGUGUAGGUCUGAUUGAUGAUGACUGCCACAGUGGUAUAAUGAUCAACUACCUGGAUGUAACAAGCACAGAUGGCAGAUGUGAGUUCAUGGUUUGGUCCAGUAUGGCAGUAAAUUGUUUCUGAAAAUGGAGCUAAAGUUGUAUGUCGACUGAAUUAAAUCAACUCCGCUAGAACGAUGCAUAACUAGGGGAGACAUGUUUACUUUAGGGAGAACUGAAGGCUAAUGGUGUCUGCCCUGCUAAUGUGAGCUACAUAACUGAGUCUGUUUGCUUAUAGAUUCAGUGAUGUUGAAAUAUAUUGUGCACAAUUUUGACUGUUUUGAUGUGUUUUCUUCCCUUUGGUCUCGUCUACUGUUCAGAUUUAAAAUUCCAGUUUGAUAAAGUUAGAAGUAAGCUGCUUUAAAGCACCUUUAGUUUUCAACAGUGAUGCCCAUUCAUACAUGUUGAAUGACUUUUGACUGGUUAAAACCUUCAAAGGGAUUCACUGUUCAAUGAAUUGAGAUGGAGAGGCUGUAAAUCCUCACUAGUAUGACUAAAGAAGCAUAAUACUGCACAAGUUAGCUAAUUUUCUGUCUUUUUGCUUGUUACUUCUUGCUAAAAAUGUGCUGUUUGUAUCAAUCUAAAUUGAAAACGAUAACAAAAUGCUUUUCAGCACAGCCUGCACCACAUCCUAGCUGCUAUUCAGUUUCCAAUCUACCAGUCCUUUCUAAUCUGCUUCAUUGUAUUCAUUGAAAUCCUCGGUGAUGCACACAGCCGCGAGCAGUGCUGUCUUAAAUCAAGGAAGCAGGAUAAUACCGCCAUAUGGCCGGUGGGAACCUUAAGUAUUUACACGAUAGACUCAGUGAGGGAGUGAGAGGGGAGAAAAAACAGAAAGAUGCCAGCUUUAAGCUCUUCUCAGCCUCUUGUAAUUAGAGUGAGAGAGAGAGAGAGGGAGGAAGAACCGGAGAGAAAAAAGGUCAGGAACUUAGGCCAAGUGUGCAGGGAGGAGGGCUGAAUGAAAGCAGGGAACCACAGAGGAGGAGGGGGGAGAGGAUUUUCCCCUGCAAAACUGUAAGCUUUGUUGUCAGAAACUAGUUUUGUCAAUGGAAAGGAUUGAGCGACGGCCAGCAGAAAAAGAAAAACAACCUGGAGGAUGAGGAAGUACCCUCUAGGUUAUAAAAUUGCUAGAGGACACAUUUUCAGUCAACAAGAAAUACAGAAGCAGUGAAGCUGAAGCAUACGUGAUGAUGUUUUUUCAGGCUGGCAUGUGUCCUUCAUGUUAUGCAAGCUUUGGCUGGUUAUGGCAUUUCAAAACAAAGAGCCCCAAGAACAAUGCUCUUUCAGCAGUCUGGAGAUUAAUUUGAAGGAAUUUACUUUAUCGCCUGAACUUGAGAGGAACUACAUGUAUCUGCUUUCUUAGCUUUCCAUCUGCUUUGAAGAAUUGCAUUCACAUCAUUUAAUUUGCAGCUUUGUCCACAACCUCCAUAGACAAGGGAGUCCUUGAUUAUCUUCACUGCAUGUUAAAGUCUGACAAAGAAAUCUCAUCCUGCUGCACAGUUUAUUAUAAAUAUUUUAUGUGUGAAAUGUAAAAACAGGGCAGUUUCUUCUGCUCCUCAGCUGACACUUACCUACAUAUCAGUUUCAAGCAUCAAAAACUGUAAUAAAAAUGUCAUCAAACAUGUCACUGAUGGUCUUGUUUGCUAUUUUGCUAUUUAGUCUAUUUCGUAAAGGUCACUCCUUACAGCAGCUUCAACUAAAUUAAACUUCAUUUUUUUUCUGUGUGGUUAAUUUAUCUGAAGUGCUAGACCUUUCAGAUCAUUAGUUUCUGGACUGAUAGCUUUUUUUUUUUUUUGUCAGUGCUGUUUUGUCAGUGGGGGAAUGGAGGGGCAGACAUGUUACUGGUGCUGAGUCUGAGGGUGGAUUAUUGAUGCUUGAUUUAAAGUCAGUGAUGUGGAGAAGUCCUGGGCCGACCAUGCUCAGGAGUGAUCAGCAUGGAUAUCACGGUAUUCUUGUCAUUCUGGCGUUUCAUGAAUGAGUGCAUUUACUUAAGAUUAUAAUAAUAAUAAUGACACAUUUUAUAUAUGAGCACCUUUUUUCAUCACUCAAGGUCACUUUACAGAUUAAAACAGUACAGUAAAACAAGAUAAAAUGUUUUUUUUAUUUUUAUUUCAACACUGAACAAAGACCUGACAGAGGAUUUAGAGUCUGAUGGUUUCUGGUUUCUCACAAAGUGGUCAUCCAAGUGCUGCUGAUGUUGCAGCAGCAAUGAUUAAGAAACAGAUUUUCUAACCUGUAAUAGCCCCUUUUUAAAGAACUUAAAAAAAAUUGUCUCUCCUCAGUAUAACUGAAAGUAUAACUGAAUGCAUUACAUUUAAACAUGGCUCCAACCGGGGCUUUAUGAGCUCUUGUCAGCAGCUAAAUGAAGGUCUGCCACUGAUGUGGCUGUUUGUUAUAAUUGCCUCUUUGGCGUGAUGCCAUCUUACUGUCAAUCAUUUUUUCUUUAAACCUGAAAUCUUCCUGGCAGCUGAUGUUAUUUUUGCAAGCCCACCAGAGAUAAAUGUGACCUUCAAGUGACAGAACAUGACAGAGAAUCAACAUGAGACAAUUAAAAAGUGACUGUUUUAAUAAAACUGUGAGCGAUUUCACUGAGAGUGACAGAGAGGCAAUGAAGUGAUGUUUGUUGUUCUACUGUGGCUCUGACUGGCUUUGUCAAUCUAAUCAACAUUUGCAAAGCGAGAACAAUGAGUCUUGAGGUUUUAUCAGUUUGUUAUAUUGCUAUCAAGCUGAGCAGGUGCUACUGGCCUUUGUUUGAAGCCCUUAUCUGCAGUAAUUGUAAGUGUCCAACAAUGUGUUAGAAAACGCAGCAGGAUUGUUUGGUCACUUCAUUUUCAGUGCCUGCUUUUUUUGAAAAAUCCUUUUUGUUUUCAGUGUGAUUUUUCAGACAUCUGCAUAUGUGAACAAAACAAAUGUGUCUCUAAGUGUGGACAUGACUUUAAUGUUGUUGUCAUCAUGUCCCUCUAAAUCAGCAGCUCUUGAACACAUGAAUGCAUUUGAGUAAAAGAGGUGGUUAGAGGCAGCUGCAGUGAAUUUGAGAUAACUGUAGAUAAAGAAACAUAUGAUGAUGACAAAAAUAUAUUCUGUAUAUUUUACAUUUUGAGGACAGUCAGACAAACCAUUUUUUGUUAGGCUAAGCAGGAAAUGUCUUUUUUAAUCAAAAUUCUGUCUUUUUGAAUGAGAAAAAAUAUCACCAAAAAAGAAUAAGUGCUCUGAAAAUACAGGCUUUGGUAACUUUUUUUUUAAUUAGCACUAGUAUGAGGUUAGUUAUGGUUGCACUUGAGGUAGAUUUCUCUUAAUCAGAUUCUGGUCCAUGCAUGUAAAUUAGGUUUACACUAGUUAAAGAUUAGACAAACUUAAUUGAUCCCAAAUUGUGUCUCAAAAUGAUGGGAGAACUGCCCUCAUGAAUGUUCGAAGAGGACUGUUGAUUAAGGAUAUUGAUCAUUAAAGACCAGAUUCAUGAGUCAUUGUAAAUUAAGGAUAAUAUUUAACAGGAUCUUUCUAUUUCUAACUCUAUUCAAUUUUGCACCGCUGAUCAAGUCUGUCAGUUCUUAUAUCUGUUUUUCAAUAGAUGCUUAUCCUUGUUUAAAUAUAUAAGCAUGUAUACAUACUGUAGCUUUAAUUAGCUAACAACACUAUUUGUUAGGAUUUCUCCUUUUGGAUCAAUCAUUUUAAUCUCAAAUAUUGGAAGAUUUUAUCAAUAGAGAAACAUUCAUUUAUGUUAAACUACUAAUUAUUAGAAAUCAAAGCUCAUUCCUUGUCUUCAAAACAAAGACCUCAUCUGACAGUGUUUUCUUUUCUUUUUUAUAUCCAGCCGUGUCUGUGAUCUAUCACCUCAGCCACGCUAGAAGAACAGACGUACUCCAGUGGAGGGAAUUUAGCUGCUGUGUUUCCCCUCCUUCCCUGUCCUCCCCCCUCUCUGCUCCCUCCUACCUCUGUGAAUGAUUGAAGCCAUGCCCAUCGUGUCAGCAAGCACAGGUACGGCCAAACAUAAGUGAUGGCCUCAUGUUCACCCCCUCUCUGGGGCUUAUUUAAUGGUAGAAAAGCAAAGGUUGCACAUCAGACUGUGGACAGAAGCUGAGAUCAAUCAAGCCUCAUGUGGGCGCUGCUGCACACUGACAUCAGAUGAUUUAGAUAAUGACUUUGAGUUUGUCUUGACUCUCAGUUACUGAGAAUUUAAUUCCCAAUCUGUAUCUUUUGUACCUAACAUGAUGUCCCUACAUAUUAUUAAAUGAUUUUUUUAUAUAACUGAAAUGGUGACACAGUUAAACCAGGCCAAAGCUCCUAUUCCCCCUAGUGGCUUUGAAUAUUGAUUCACUUAUUUACAGCAUUGUUCAUGCAAAAGAAAAAAAGAGGAUUUUUACUGAAUACUCAUUACAUAACUGCUGUUUUCUGAUGAUUUGAUGGUUCAUAGGGCUGCAUGAGACUCUGGCCCUGCUCACCUCUCAGCUACACCCUAAUGCAAACCAUAAAGAGGACCUGGUCUUCCUUAAAGAUGUGUUCAGUGAGAAAAGCCUUGGUUACCUUAUGAAGGUACAGAAACCAACAAUUCAUGCAGAAAUCUUUACUUUUAUUGGAAAAAACUAUUAUGUCCAAAAUUAAGUCGCCUUUACUUUGUGAUUGUGAAUCUUGGUCUUUCUAUUUGAUGUGAAAUGAAAUCCAGAUCCAUGACAAACUAAGGCAGUAUGAGAAACACAGCCCAACUCCAGUCCUACACAGCGCCUCCUGUCUGGCAGAGGAUGUAGGUGCAAUCUCUCCUCAUUGGCUAAUUUAGAACAAUUAAAUGUUAUCAAGUAGUGUUUGAGUUUCUUAUUCAAACCUUCAGCUGGCAGAAGAGCUUCAGAACGGGCCACUGGAGGAUGAUGAAAGAGAGCUACUUCUCCUGCUGAGCACACCUCACCUCAAGGUACGCACCACUGACUGAAUAUAAAGAUGAAUGUGAAAGUUGUCCGUCUGUCUGUUCAUUUUGUGGCACAACCACAGAUAUAUUUUGUGUCUCCUCUCUUUCCUCAUCCUCUUUCUUCCUAGUGUUUGAUCUCUUUAAUGUUGCACCGUGUCAGUGCUUCUCCCCAUGAGCUGCUCCAAUUUUCCUCUAACUUGAUCAUCUAUUACAUAACACAGUCGUCAGAGCUGUCUGUACCACUUCCCCCCAUCCCCCAGACGCAGACGAGGCUGCCUAAUUACUCUUAUCAAGUGAUUACGUUUAAUUUAUUGGCUGUCUGGGGAGCAGGAAGAGAUGAUGGCUGUGAAACUGGAACACUCGUUUUCUAAGCAGCAAGGAGAAGGAGGCUCCUUUCUCUCUUAUCUGCCUGUUUUAUAUCAUGAUUUUAAAGUUUUCUUUAAGUCUUUCCUUUGAUGUCUUUCCUCGUUGCUGUUAGGCUCUUAAUUUCACCUAUCUGUGCAUUUGUCUGUGCAUCUCUCUUGGAGGCGGUGCUAUCAGCCCACGAUACAGUGGCUCAAAAGAACUUUGACCCAGUGCUGCCACCGUUGCCGGAUGAUCUGGAUGAUGAUGUGGAGGAAGAGUCAGUCAAGAUUGUGCGCCUUGUCAAGAAUAAGGAGCCCCUGGUGGGUUUUCCCCUCACACACCUGGGGGAUUUAACAAAAAAACAACUGCGUUCCCUUAAAAACUAUUCUCCUGCUUUCAAGGGAUGUUUUAAAAGUCAUUCACUUUAAUGAGAAAGUGUUAAGGCUCCAGAGAGAGUCCUUGGGUGCAGAUGUGCGUCUCUGUUUGAUGCUUUAAAAUAUUGAUUCUCAAAGAAUAACUUGUGGCACUGGACAGUAAUUAGAUUUGGUGUUGUCAGAAAAGCCUCUAAAAUAAUAACAGUUUAAAAGCAUCACUCAAACAUUACACAAACUUAGAUUGCAUGAGUCUGUCAGAAUUUUUUGUCAGUAUAAAACUAAACACAGAGGCUUUUUUUAAAUGUUUUUUUUUCCUUCAGGGAGCAACUAUACGCCGGGAUGAGGUAACCGGAGCUGUGAUUGUGGCCAGAAUCAUGAGGGGAGGAGCAGCUGACCGCAGUGGUGAGACAAAACAUACUAGCACACGAUAUACUGCCUCAUAAUUUUUCUGUUGUUUAUAAUGAUAGUCUGUCAGUCUGACAGAAAUAGUUCUCUGCUCAUCCCCUGACCUCUCUUCCUGGACAGGACUUUCUUGUCUCUCCUGGUAUACCGACAGAGAAGUGAGGGGAUUACGUUGUGUAACCCCGUGAACUGCAGGAUCAAAUCCUUGAGAUUAGUGCCACGAGAUUGCAUAUUUUGAGAUUACAAACAAGGGAUGCUCCUGGCCGUUGCCAUAGAGAUGUUGUAGACCUCAGUGGAAAAUGUUCUCUUAUUUUGUCCAUAUCUGACCAUAUCAAACUCUUUAAAUGCUCUCGCCCAUGCUGGGAUUUUCCUGUGCUCUUAGCUUUUGGUAAUUCCAGUAAAAUUUGUGUGUUUGUGCUCACAGGUCUGGUACAUGUUGGAGACGAGCUUCGAGAGGUCAAUGGAAACCUGAUAACACACAAAAAGCCAGAGGAAAUAAGUCAGAUUCUGGUGAAUAAAAAAAGAGCUUUUACACAAAACAUCAAAGUAGUUCAAGUAUCGCAUUAUUUCUCUUGAUGAUUACUGGGGUUACAGGACAUGACUGUGCUUUUGUGAUGAUUUUACCAGUCUCAGUCCCAGGGCUCCAUCACACUGAAAAUUAUUCCAGCUGUUGCAGAAGAAGACAGGCUGAAGGAGAGUAGGGUGAGCACAUCUAAACUACUUUUAAAUUAGUGUACCUUAAGAGUGUCCAAAAACUUUAAAAUAAUGUGUCUGUUUUAUUAAUGACUUUCAAACUUUUGCCUGAUGUUGGUCUUCAUGAUGAUGUGCACCAAUUCUUAAAGUAUGACAUUUUAUUAGGAAAUUAUCAUAUCUGCUGCCUUGCUGAGUUAGAUAAGAGGACUGAUAUCACUAUUGUUGGUUUAAUAAAAGGCUGCAGCUAAAGGUCAUUUAGCUUUUGCUUCUACGACAACUGUGGUAAAAGCUACUCUGGCUAAAAAUAACAUGGGCUAUGUUCUUAUACCCCUUACUUAUUAGGUUAAGCUGAAAAGCAACAAUCUAGUGUUAAGAUGACCUAAUAUUGUUUAGAUAUUGGGAUAUGGUUGUGCAUUUUCAGAUGAAUCUCCAAGGAGGCCCACACAAUUUUGCUCUCCAUUGUUAUCAUGAAGUACCAAGAGAAUUAGUUUAUCUACUCAGAAACUUGAGCUACCUGAGUUUGAAAUCCAAGAUUGUUAAAAAUAGCUGCACUUUUAAUGGCUCCUGUUAUCAACACAGUCUUGUUUUGUGUUAUAAAAUGGCAGUGAUACUAAUCUUAUUGUGUAACUCCAAUCUGGCAAUCCUUAACUAAAGGUGAGUGAGUAUUUCUUCUCUCUUAAGGUGUACCUGCGAGCUUUGUUUGACUACAUGCCCUACGAGGACAAGGCCACACCUUGCCAAGAGGCAGGACUUCCUUUUAAGAGAGGGGACAUCCUUCAGGUGGUUAGCCAGGAGGAUGCUACCUGGUGGCAGGCCAAGAGAGUGGGCGACUGUAACCUGCGUGCGGCUCUUAUCCCUUCUACACAAUUCCAGGAGAGGUAGUCUUAAUCGAGUCUGCUGCUGAAAAUGUCCCUUUGUUUGAGAGAUCCAGAAAUAUCUUUUAAGUAUUACAGUAAUCUUUCCUUUUUCCUCUACAGGCGGCUGAGAUACAGAAUGAAAAUGGCUUCUUUACCUCUUCCUGUCUCCCCCAAAGCCGCUACAUGUAAGCCUAUUUCACCCCAGGUCCCUUAUAACCAACAGCAUGACUAUAAAUGUACAAGACACUUAGAUCUGUUGCUUGUUUUGGCUAAAUCCAAUCUAGGCAAGAAGACGCAGAUAGAGAGAUUAUGAGGAAAGAACGGGUGAUCUGAGGUUAAUCCCUGAAAAGGAAACGCAAUCCAUCAUUUCAUUUUCUAAUCCAAUUUAAAAGUAAAUAAAACUAAUGGUUUGUAAAACAAAGAUAGAGGUCAGGGCAGUUAUAUCGUAGCUACUCCAUCUCCAAACCGAACUCUUACACAGUCAAGAGGCCUGUAAAAAAUAGAUGCUUCAGUUUCUUUUCAGUGUGUGGAUAAUAUGUUGCUCAUUUCAUUUUGUUUUCGAUUUGUAGGCAAAAAAGAUUUGAAGACCUCAAACUGGGCCUUGGGAAAGUGGGCUUUAAAACUGUCUGACAAUUUAUAGACUCAAAUUUUAUCAAAAAAACAAACAGCCGAUUAAAUGAAUCUGAACGAUGACUGUAAUUAUAGAUUCAAUGGCAUGUUUGUAAAUAUCUUGCAGAAAAAGCUCAAAUUUGUCCUCCAUAGAAAAAAAAAAUAGGUGUAAAAACUUGUGCAAAAGUACAUAGUGGAUGUAUAGAGGAAGUUCAUAAAGCACAGCUGUUCAUUCGGUGCAACAUUUGCAGUCGAGAGUUUUCAGUUUAAAGUGAUAUUUUAAAAUAUGUUCUCCACAACUAUAUUCAUUAUUAUAUUUAUAAACAGGACAGCAGUUUCGCAGAAGUAUUAACAACUCAAUUACACUGAUACUUUGUGUUAUUCUUUGCAUUGCUGACCUCAGAUGAUUGUGCAGAGAGAGGUACGUAUAAAAUCCCUCAUGUUAGAAAAAACCCUUCCUGCUUCGUUUACGUAUCCGAAUUUCUUAAUGAAAUUCGAUCAAAGUCCCUCAGUGAUGCUCUCUUCCCCUGGACAGUUCACCCAUUAUUUUCCUUUGUAGUUGUCUUGACUUGACUGAAUCUUCAGUAGUUUGUUGCCUCAACCUGCAGAGUUUUGACAUAAAGGUAGCCCUGACAUCUUCCUCUCCUCGUCUUACCCCUUCUUCUCUUCCUGCACGUUUUACCCUACAGAAGACUGUGACAGUGAGGGUGGCCUGAAUGGAAAGGACAUAGGUGAGGAGGCACAAUCAAUAACUUACAUUCAUCACUGCAACAUCACAUUUCUGCCCAGACUGUGUGCUAGACCAUCUUUUGAUUUUAAAAUUGUUCUCUGAGCGUUAAAGUGGAUGUCCUGCUUUGGUUGGGAUUGGCUGGUUGGGUUAGGUGUCAGCUCAGGAAUGUUUAUUUCUGUAUAGAAACUUGUUUUAAAGUACAGGGAACUCAUUUACUAAGAAGAUUUAUUUGUUCAUCAGGCUUCAUGGCUGCUGCUUCAUGUUUGUCACUUCUGCUUUGACCGGAACCUUGAAUUCACAUCAUAUUGAAUCAAAAGGUGUUUCCUUUUGAUGAUAAAGUAUGUGUAAUUGGUUUAAUAUACAAAACGUUUAAACACUGGCGAUUAGUCAUUGGAAGGGAAAGUUCAAUUCCAGCCGGGGAGAGCUGGUUGUGUCAAGUGAACAGAGAUAUUUGUAGAUAUUCAUGGUGCCCAGAGGACAAAUCUGAAUGACCUGGAUAAUUCCCAAACUUUUUCUCAAGCGUGAAAUGACAAAAAAAAAUGUCUUAUUUACAGAAUUAUCUUAAAUUUACUUCAUUUACUCCUAAGUAUUUUCUUUCAGCGAGGAUUCCCUGUUGAUACAAUUUUGGUUAUUGUUUUGGCUUCUCCUCGGAAUUAAACUAUGGAAUAGCUUUUUAAUGAAGCCUCAUCAACAGGGAAUUAAAGUUUCUGCAAAGUAAACAAUUAUGAGGAUCGUUAAAUGAAAUGGCUUGAUGAAUGCCAGAAAUAGCUGCUCAGAGAGUCUCUGGUUUCUAUAUCUGCUAAACUGUUUGUAUUUUAAGCGGCUGGUCAUUUUCGCUGGUGUGUUUUUAGCCCUUGUUCUAUCGAAAAAGGCUCUAAAGGCUCUUUGUGCAAUGAGCUACAGCGACUGAGCUUCUCACAGCGUCUUUGUGGCACCUCAUGACAGCUCACUUACCUUAAUGUGCUUUAUGUGACCCGCUAAAGGUGCUUUGUCUGUGUUUUGUAAAGCUGUAAACACAGCAUGCAUGGCUGCUAAGCUUUGAUCCUGUCUGUCAGAUAAAAGAUAUAAACUGGUUGAAUAACUGGUCUAAUACGAGCUGUAGUCUCUCCCAAGAGUAAGGCAGCCCCUGUCUUCUGUGGCCAAGCUUUCUCAUGGGAUUUUUACUCAGGUACUCUUAUUGAUUUUUACUGGUGUUGUGCUGUGCUGUGUGGGUUUGAUUUUAUUCAGGGAGAGUGAGAAAUACCCUAUGAAUUAGACUUUGAGAGGGUUUUACUGUGAUAGAUCUCUAAAAUGUGUAUUUUUUUUAUUCACAGCUGGCCUGCGCAGAAGUUUUCGAGUCAAGAAAGAUCGCCAGGGUUCACCCGGGGAUCCCCACACUCCAGAUGCCAAUCAAAGCGAGUUCCUGAUUUAUGAAGAAGUAACACAAUACUUGUCCCGGCCUGGAGAAAGGCCACGUCUUAUAGUACUAAUAGGUAGGUGGACUGUGGAGUUUGGUAACAUUGAAGGGACUUGGAUCUCUUUGGAAACUUAUCCCUUGGAUAAGUUAACUAAUGAAUUUCCCUUCGGGGAUCAAUAAAGUUCUUCUUCUUCUUCUUGUAUGAGUGUGAGUAAAGGCUCUAGUGUGGUUUAAGUACAAUCAGGUGUGUCUCCUUUCAGGUAUUUUUCAUGCUUUUUUUUUCUUGUCCUCUGUUUGGUUGUUUUUCUGUAUGGAUUUGUUCUCAGGUUCUCUUGGAGCUCGACUCACAGAGCUCAAACAGAAGGUCAUAGCUGAAAAUCCUCGCCGUUACGGUUUGGCGGUGCCUCGUAAGUUUCUUUUUUUAUUGUGGGUUGGUUUUCUGAGUUGAAGACACUAUGAGUCACAUUGCUGUAUUUUACUUGUAAAGCCUUUAAUCAAGCAAAUAAACUAAAUAAACUACUGUCGUUUUCGACCUUCUGACAUUUUUAUGCAGCGCUGCAUCAAAGUCAAUGAAAGGUGUAUCCUCACUCCCUGAUUUAAAGUUGCAGAGAUUUAUACUGGAUUUUAACUCACUCUUGCAUCAUGCAUAGAUUUUUAUCACCAAACAAGCCAUAAUCCAGUCGCACAUAAAGGAAAUUUUUAGUCAAAGUUUGAGCUCCACGUUUUACUAAGGAGGAUGCAUACUGUCCUUAAAUACAUCAGACCAAAAUAGUCAUGACUCAUGCAUUAAUCAAGUAUGUGUUUUGUAACCGGAUUAUACAAAGAGCCUCACAAAACAAACAAACAAAACCCUCAAUAAUGGUCUUUUUUUGCUUCCUGUGUUUCAAAACCUGGCCUGCAGACACCACUCGAGCAAGGAAGAGUCAUGAAAGAGAGGGAGUGGAGUAUCACUUCAUCUCUAAAGCUGCUUUUGAGGCUGACAUCCAGAGCGGCAAGUAAGUGUGGGAACUGAAAACAUGAUGCAAAGAUGUGAUAGAUAAGUGAAAAAGGUUCACUUUAAAAGAGGAAGCUGCAGCUUUCCCUAAAUCUGUUGUGACUGCGAUACCAGUCAUUGCGCAUCUGCUUUCAUCCAUUUAUAUGAAAAAUUUAUGAUGGUGCUGAAUUUCUGCAGAUUUAUUGAAUACGGCGAGUACAAAGACAAUCUGUAUGGCACCCGUUUGGAGUCCAUUCACAGAGUUUUGGAUCAACACAAGGUCUGUCUGGUGGACGUGCAACCAGAGGUUUGUAUCUAUAUUAGCUGAUUUUAUUGGCUUUUAUUACUCUGUAUUUUUCCUCACUUUUGUUUCUUUUUGUAGGUUAGCUGUUGUUGGUGUAGUUCAGGUCUAAGAGCUAAAUAGUGUGCUUUUACUUCAGAUUGAUAUCCUCUACUUGUUUCCAGCUGCAUAAUGUAACUUUUUCCUCCCACACUCAGGCACUGAUGGCCCUGCGUACCACUGAGUUCAAACCGUAUGUCAUCUUUGUGAGACUUCGAAUCCUUGACAGUAAAAGGAAACUGCUUGGCUCCUCUUCUUCACUUAGCUCAGGGAUCACAGUGAGUAGUACAAAAAGUCGGCAUGAAACAUUAUUGUCUAAUUACAGCUCUUGCACUAAUUACAUUGAUUUAUACAACAAUUAGCUCUGACCAAGUAAUCUUAUUGGACAAGGCGAUCUAUGAGCUACAGUAUCAGCUGUUUGUGUAGUUGUAGCCUUAUGAUGUCAAUAGUCAGCUGUAUAGCUCUUUUCGAACAGCAGAGCAAAAGCAGUAUCCCACUCAAGAUCCAAGCUGUUAUUCUGAAUAUUAGCAUACUGUGAUUAUCCUCAGGACUUAGUCUUGUGAGCUGUAUUUUUGAACCUCUCUGUCCUCACCAGGAGGACGACCUGCAGGAAAUGAAGAUGUCAGCUGAGCGGAUGGACGAGUGCUAUGGCCAUUUGGUGGACUAUGUCUUAAUGAAAGAGGACCCAGUCAGUGCCUUAGCUGAGCUUCAGCUUGUACUGGAAAGAGUGCAGGUGGAGCCUCAGUGGGUGCCUGUGUCCUGGGUGAGGAGCUAACUAAACCGGGCUGGUUCGUGUUGGACCAGCAAACUACUGCAUGUGGUUUUGGGGGUGAUCCAGUGUUUACUGCCAUAUCAACACAGUUGUAUCAGGUUUGUGAUAAUCAGCUGACUUACAUCAAUGUCAUAGAAGAACAUCUGCAGUGACUGAAAACUGCUUUUCCAUCAGUCUGAUCAUGAAGCAAGCCUGUGUUAGAUUCUUCAGUGUUUAAAGACCAACUGUGUAUCUGUAUGUGUAUACGGGCAGUGUAACAGCUCUGACACGCAUGUCGUACAUGCAUGUGGGACAAAGUUCCUAGAGCAAGCCGUAGUCAGAGACCUACACUUAGUAUGAUCUAUAAUGUGAGCCAUUUAUUGUAAUAGCAGCUAAUAAUGUGAAGUGCCAUAUCAAGCGUUAAUUGUAAGAAGCAUGACUGAACCUCAUGCUGGAGACCUUACCUCUGUUACUGUUCUGUAAUAAUCUGAAAUGUGUUGAACUGAGAAAUAAAUCUCAAGAGCCAUUUGGAA